CCGGGGAUUCCCUUUCUCCCUUAGGCUGGGGUCUUCCUUUUCACCUCCCUUCUUCUGGACGCCAGAAAGUGCGAGGGUAGGGUUCGAGACGCCACCACCCUCGAAAUCUCUUUUCUGGGUCACUAAGAACUCCGAGACAAGGAAGAGGAAAUAAGACCAGAACUCUUUCUGGAGCUGGUAAGUGCUUUGAGCAACUAGAGAGGCGGCAUUUGUCGAUCCCUUCCUUACUCGGCAUCUAAAAGGAAUCUGGAGGAAGAAGUUGUUCUGCUUUUUAAAGAACUGGACCCCAGAAUUCCUGGACAGCGGAAAAGGGACAUUCAGGAAGAUACUGGCAUAUGAACUGGAAGUGUUAGAAUAAUGUAAUGAGGAAAUUGCAAAGGAAGGUAAAUGAGAAGAUAGUGAAGGAAUAUCUGUUAAUGAGAUCAUCUGUCCAGCUUAAGAUGACUUAUAAUAACCUCUUCUGGUCCUGAAAGAUUUUGAAGACCUUUGAAAGAACUUCCAGAUAUCGAGCAUUUUUUUUUGAAUGAUCUUAGAAAAUGAGUGGUGUGUUAGAGGACUAGAGAAGCGGAAAAUGUCCCGUUUUUCAAAAAGAGAAGAUGGUGAGGCCUACAAACUAUAGACAAGAUCACCAUGGUUUCCACUAAAGUCGAAGUACUUCAGAUGACUUGGAUGUAACCAUAGGUGGAGGAAGGUUAUGCCAGCAGAGAGAGCAUAAGCUCUGGAUGGGGAACAGAACAUCCUCUUCCAUGGAUAAAUCAGAAAUUACUCCUAUAAAUCAGAUCCAGGAAACAAUUACACAUAAUUGUGUAGUGAUCUUCUCAAAAACAUCCUGUUCUUAUUGCACAAUGGCAAAAAAGCUUUUUAAUGACAUGGAUAUAAAAUAUACCGCAGUGGAAUUGGACAUGCAUAAAUAUGGAAGCCAGUUUCAGGAUGCUCUUCACAAAAUGACUGGUGCAAGGACUGUUCCAAGAAUUUUUGUCAAUGGGACUUUUAUUGGAGGAGCAACUGAUACUCAUAGGCUUCACAAAGAAGGCAAGCUGCUUCCAUUAGUUCAUCAGUGUUACUUAAAAAAAUUUGGAUCAAAGAAUUUCAGACAGUAAUGUAGACUGCCUUGACUGUGCUGGCAAAUGUCAGCUUUUUAGUCAUUCUGCUUAUAAAAUGUUUUAAAAAAUUCUUUGAAAAUGUGAAAUCUUUCCCAAAGAAUGGCCUAUGAAAUGAUGAACAAUAAAGAUGUGUGGAAACCUAUUAAAUGUUCUUAUUUUUAAAGCC